ACGCUUUGAAAAUUCAUUUCUUUGAUCUUUUUCAUCUUGCAGUGCACGUGUUUGCACGUGGUGUCGUCUUAUUCCAUAAUUUUUUAAGUGGUUCUAGUUGUUCCAACUACAAAAAUGGUUCAGAAAAAAAUCAAGAAGAAGGUAGGCAAAAAAGUAGCUGCAGCUCCUUUAGCUGUGAAGAAAGUAGUACCAGUGAAGGAAGUCAAUCCUUUAUUUGAGAAGAGGGUAAGGAAUUUCGGAAUUGGACAAGACAUUCAACCUAAAAGGGAUCUCUCGAGAUUUGUGAAAUGGCCCAAAUAUAUCCGAAUCCAGAGGCAGAUGGCUGUUCUCCAAAAGAGGCUCAAAGUACCACCACCAAUUAAUCAGUUCACUCAAACUGUCGAUAAGCAAACUGCUACCCAAUUAUUCAAGUUGUUAGAGAAGUACAGACCUGAAACUGAACUACAGAAGAAGAACCGACUGAAAGCUCGUGCUGAAGCUAAGGUUAGUAAGGGCGUCAAAAAGGAAACUUCAAUUCCUGCCAAACCUAAUACCCUUAAAAGUGGAUCUAAUACUGUUACUAAACUAGUUGAACAGAAGAAAGCCCAAUUAGUCGUUAUUGCCCAUGAUGUUGAUCCAAUUGAAGUUGUCCUUCAUCUUCCCGCACUCUGCCGUAAAAUGGGUGUUCCAUACUGCAUUGUUAAAGGAAAGGCAAGAUUAGGUUUGUUGGUCAGACGUAAAACCUGUACCUCUGUUGCAAUCACCCAAGUGGACAGUGGAGAUAGAACUAAUUUGUCUAAACUGUUGGAAGUUAUCAAAACUAACUUCAACGACAGAGGUGAUGAACUCAGAAAACAAUGGGGAGGUGGAUUACUUGGAUGUAAAUCUGCUGCUCGUGUUGCAAAACUUGAGAGGGCUAGAGCUAAGGAAAUGGCCCAGAAACAAGGUUGAUUUAGUUCUUGUAUUCUUUUCGCAUAAAUAAAAAGUGAAAAACA